CACACAACCGUCCGACCGACGACGCGACGAGCGAUCGAAGAGUUCAGUCAGUUCAGUCUGGAGUUGCAUUUCCAACGGACGGAAUAAGUCAGUUCAGUCGGUGGCGCGCUGCGCUAGCAAGAGCAGUCAGUAACUUUCUGUCGAAAUUAUAAUAAUUCCCCUCACACUCUUGAGAUUCGAAUCGAAUCGAAACCUUACAACUUUACCUACCACAGCCAGUUUAGUGCGAGUGAAGUGUGAACUACGUGACUUUCGACACACAGCCAAAGGAGGCACGAAAAAUUCACCGCAAACUAUAGGGAGAGAGUGCAUUCGCCGCAUCGAAGCCAACCAUCGAACCUCGAAGAAAAUAGUCUGUAUUUGUGGUGUGUUUGAACUCUGCACGCGAUAGCAACGUGACCAAACUCUAAGGCGACAACCGGAGAGAAGUGUGCGACAAUUAAUUUCAAUCUAGUCUCGAAAUUGGCAACUGAUUAGCAGCCAAAAUGCCUCGUCCAGUCAAGUUCUUCUACGAUCUGCUGUCAACGCAUUCGCGGGCACUCUACAUGUUCUUCGAGGCCACCAAAAUCCCGUACGAUCCGAUUCCGGUUUGUGCCACCAAAGGCGAGCAUCUGACCGACGAGUACCGCGAGUGCGUCAACCGGUUCCAGCAGGUCCCCAGCAUCAUCGACGACGGCUUCAAGCUAUCCAAUGGCGUCACCAUUCUCAAGUACCUGAUCCGAGAGAAAUUGAUCCCGGAACAUUGGUACCCGCGCGAUAGCCAACUGCGGGCCAAGAUCGACGAGUACCUCGAGUGGCAGCACGACAACAGUUCAAAGGUGUGCAACGCCUUUGUGCAGGAAAAGUGGAGCCUGCAGAACAUCGAAGACGAACGCUCGAGCGAGCAGAAGGUCGAAGAGUACCGCCGGCAGGUCGAGCAAAAUCUGAACCAGCUGGAACGGGAGUGGCUCGUGCCCGGCCGGUUCAUCAUUGGCGAUCGGAUUACGAUCGCGGACAUUCUGGCCGCUUGCGAGAUCGAGCAGCCCAAGAUUGUCGGCAUGGACCCGUUCCAGGGCCGACCGAAACUGGCGGCCUGGCUCGAGAAGGUGCGCUUCACCAUGACGCCCUACUACCAGGAAGCCCACCAGGACUUCUAUAAGUUUACCGAGAAAGCCGCAGCGAAGAACUGAAUAUGUAGAAUAUAAACAUUUACGAACUUGUCGAGUGGAGUGGAGAGUGGAUUGUCGGGCCCCAUCAAGGCCAUCGUUUUGUAAUGUGGUAGACUUUUAGAUGUAUUAUAUACAUUUAUAACGUAGCUUUGUACAUUUAGUUAGUUAGGUAUUAACCGGUUAAGUUUUCUAUUCUGUAAGCGCCGUAAGAUUAUGUCAAUAAAAUUGAAAUUACUCUACAGCUUGA